GUCAGUCGCGCUUCGUUCGGUUUCCUGUGCGUAUACGAGUUAUUUUGUUUUAAAUUUAUCGUGAACUUUCUAUAUAUUGCUGCCAUUUGUUGAACAAUAUAAGUGUUUAUGUGUGACUCUAUGUGUAGAAAGGUCUACGCAUGGAUUAAGUGACGAUGUUACCUCCUACGGCCGGUAUAGCACAAGAACAACGCGACCGGCCCGAUAUGGCGACAUUCCAGCAACGCCGCGACGUUAGAGAAUUGACAAGAGAAAUUAUCAGAGACGCUCGAGUAGCAAACAGACAACAAUCCAUGUCGCCUGGAGCAAGAGACCGCUUCCCGUCCACGUCAUCAACGGACGAGAAUGAAAGCGGGACAGAUGGCGAAGCGGACAGAUCGCGCCGUACGAGUAUGACACACGGACUACCGAACCCACCGCCCGGCAUCAUCACAGUCCGCAAGCGACGCGGAAACCUCCCCAAGCACUCGGUGAAGAUACUGAAACGAUGGCUGUACGACCACAGAUACAACGCGUACCCCAGCGACGCGGAGAAACUCACGCUGAGUCAAGAGGCCAAUCUUACUGUAUUGCAAGUAUGCAACUGGUUCAUCAACGCUCGCCGCCGCAUCCUGCCCGAGAUGAUUCGUCGCGAGGGCCACGACCCCUUACACUAUACGAUAUCGCGUCGUGGUCGCAAGCAACCGACGGCGUCUGGCAGCGGAUCUGGAGGUGUCGUCGUGGCUUCGUGGGAAGGCAUCGAUGUUGAGAACGAACAGGAUCGCAGUCAGGAGCACGAGUACAGCGAUGGAUUGCUCGUAUACCGUAGCGACGGUGAUGAUAUAGGCGAUGGCGAGGAAGGAUACUCAUCCAGCGCAGUCAGCGAGGAAGAAGUCAAAUACGACCCGACGGUAUGGCAGUCUGUUAUACGCUACGGACCUGAGGACAGAGAGCUGCAUCCAGCUGCUAGAGGCACGGCAGCGGUGGUGACGGUUCGCACUUCAGAGUCCGAGGAAGGUGAAGGCGAGGGCGGCAGCGGCGGCGCCGGCGGCUGGCACCCGCAGCUCGCGCACCUCCCGCAGCUGCCGCACCCGCUGCGCAGGCGCCUGCAGGUUGUGCCAGCCGGCAGUGCGGGCGUGUCAAGUGCAGAAGGCGAGCGGGACAAGUUCAAGUGCCUGUACUUGCUGGUGGAGACCGCCGUCGCCGUCCGCCAGCGGGAGAAGGAGGCCGAGGAGGUGCCCGUCUAGUGACCGAUACAUGAAGUCGUCUCGGCAGCUGUGUUGAGAGUGAACCAACCAAUCGGAUACGGUACACGGCUAUGACUAACGUAUUUUAUAGCUUCCAUUAUUGUAGACUUCACCGUAACAUACUACGAACGUAGAUCGUGUAGUUAGCGACCGUUUGCUUUAUAUACGAAUGUAAGAUGUCGCACGCUGUUAUACCACAGAGUACAUUAUUUACAGAGUGUAAACUUGACUUGAGCACUAGCUUAACAUUUUGAAACUCAUUGAAAACUUAUUUCUCAUAAUGGUACCGGCAUUUUUUUUUUAUCGUUAAUUACGUAUAUUAUUUUUUAAAUGUUUUUAAUGUACAAUAAUUUGAGGUUUACAUUGUUUAACCCCUAGAUUUAUUUCAAUUAAAGUGCCCAAGGGUGAUCACCUUUCCCAACGUGUCAAUUUACUUUCGUUGCAGAGUGAUCCACCGGUGGGCAUGCGGUCUUUAACGUGUUAAGUAGUAUUAUUAAAAAUUAUGAAAACUACUGAAAAUAUUGUAAACAUCACUCAAUACUUUAGGAAGAUUGAUAAGAUUUUUAUGUAUAUUAUGAAAUGAUGUACCGUUUUGCCAUUAAAAGUAUACAUGAAGUCAUGUCGGUUAGUCUGUCGUGGCAAUUUACCAGGAAUUAACAGAUUGUCACCAGGAGAAAGCACUUGGUGCAAACAAAAUGAGAGAGCUCAAAAGAUUUGUACAGGUCGUAGAGAUCUUAGCCACCGUACAAUAGUCCAAAAUAAAAAAGGCACUUGGAGGUCUAUGUGACAUGGUAAAUGACUAGUAAUCAAGCCACUAGUCCAGUAACAAUCCUAUUUCCCUUCUCACCAUUAUUGCUAGGUAUGUACCCUGUCAAGUGGACCUCCACGUGGUCUCUCUGAAGUCCAUUGUGGUCUAUUCCUCAACACGACGGUCUAACUGACAUGACUUCACACUCGGAUGAAAUAACCUUCACAGCCUAUACUAUUAGCGUAAAUAAAAUAAAAAUUAAAUUGUACUGUCCACAGUAUUAUUCAUACUUAUCUUGUUUUUAUUUCAAAAAUUAUAAAUUUCGAGAAUGAGCACUGACAAAAAAUUUCCACUCUGUUUAUGUAUAAUCUAUGGUAAUAGCACAGCCGUAGCAUUUAGUGAAUAUAAUCCAUUUUAUUAAUUGUUAAACAGCAAAUGCAUUAUUUAUAUUAUUAACCUAGUCCGAACACGAAUAAUUUUAUGGUAAAUAAAGAUAUUUACCUCUCUCGAAGUUUCGAGAACGUCGAGAGGUAAAUGCCUUUGUUUGCCAUAAAAUUAUUCGUGUUAAGACCCGGUUAAUAAUAUAAAUAAUGUAUAUUAAACACGAAAAUUCAAAAACUUCAAAUGCAUUGUUUUUAAAGAUAUUAGUCAUUUAAAAAUAAGUUAAUAACUUACGAUAAUUAAACUGACUAAACAUUUAGAUUAACAAUAUGGACUUACAUUAAUGACAAUAUAUACCAACAUAAGUGAUAUAUAACACGUGUGAUAGAUAUCAUAUAUAUUAAUAAUUAUGUACGGUAUGUGGAAUCAUAGAAUUUCGUAUUGAAUACCGACCGUUCAGUGCAGAUUCUCGUCUCUCAGAAAAAGUCAGUUUUUUACAAAUAACAAAGAUUUACUAAUAAAUAACCGACACGAAAAAAUAAAAAGAAAAUGGUAUCUGUGACUGGAGCGGAAAGACAACAAGUAUUUUAUUCAAAAUCAGAAUAAUACUAAUAAAUGUGUACCUAUAUUUCCCAAGAGGGGCUUACUGCGAAAAAGUAACAAAUAGUCAAAAGCGACAUAAAAACAGAUAUAAAAAAUACAAAGUUUAUAAGUGGACAGGCUGCCAUCACCAGUAUAAAUCUAAAAUAUUUACUACUUUAAAUUACUCCCAUUUUUUUAUUAAGUGUCGCGUUUUGUUGUGAAUUUUUUGUUAUUUGUAUAAAUUUAUGUUAUUACGUUGUUAACGAGUGAUAUUGAUAUUUUUUUAAUUGAUCUCUACUAGGACGUUGAUCUCCAAUACUUGUCACUCACGAGUCUAGGUAGAACUUUGAAUAAGGGCGAGCACAAUAGGUCUAUACAGAUCCACCCCAAUUAAAAAAAAAGACUUUGAUGUUUUU